AUGUCCCGCCCCGAAGACACCCUCCUCGCAGACGUCCACUACGACGACGUCGAAGCCCGCAAGUACACCACCUCCUCCCGCAUCCAAAACAUCCAAGCCUCCAUGACCCGCCGCGCCCUCGAGCUCCUCGACCUCAAAACCCCCUCCCUCAUCCUCGACGUCGGCUGCGGCUCCGGCCUCUCAGGCGAGAUCCUCUCCGACAUCCCCCCCGAGGAAGGCGGACCUCACGUCUGGAUCGGCAUGGACAUCUCCCCUUCCAUGCUCGACGUCGCCCUGCAGCGCGACGUAGAAGGCGACUUGUUCCUCGCCGACAUCGGCCAGGGCGUCCCCUUCCGCGCCGGCACCUUCGACGCAGCGAUCAGCAUCAGCGCCAUCCAGUGGCUUUGCAACGCCGAGAGCAGCGAGACCUCUCCCCAGCAGAGGUUGGCGAGGUUUUUCGGGGGGUUGUAUCAGAGCUUGAAGCGGGGUGGGAGGGCGGUGUGUCAGUUUUAUCCAAAGAACGAUGUCCAGAAGCAGAUGAUCACUUCUGCUGCGGUCAAGGCUGGUUUUGGGGCGGGUAUGCUUGAGGAUGAUCCUGAUACGAAGAAUGUAAAGGUUUACUUGGUCUUGACGGCGGGUCAGAGCGCGGUGGCCAAUACCAAGAGCGGGGAUAUUACCGGUGUGGUUGAGAAUAUGGAGGGGGUGGAUGUGGUGGAUAACCGGAGGCAGGGCAGGUCGUCUGGGAAGGGAGAGAUCAAGAAGGGUAGCAAGCAGUGGAUUAUCAAGAAGAAGGAACAGAUGGAGAGGAAGGGAAAGGUUGUCAAGGCUACGAGCAAGUACACGGGGCGGAAACGUCGGAUUGCUUUCUAG